CGCAGCGUCCAACACAAGAGUCGAUCUGGUGGAUAACCACGCACAGCAGUAGAAUUUUAAUCACUGUUGCUACUUUGACUCACUACAGAAUGGGAUCCUCUAAGCUGGCCCUGCUCCUGGUCUUUGUGUCCUGCGUGGAGCGCUGUCUGUCUGCUUCCUGCGUUGUCGACAGCUUCUCAGUCAAAGAGGACUUUGACCCCAAGAGGUAUGCAGGGAAGUGGUACGCGCUGCAGAAGAAAGAUCCAGAGGGCCUGUUCCUGCAGGACAAUAUCUCAGCUGAGUACACCAUCGAUGAUGACGGCUCCAUGACUGCCUCCUCUAAGGGACGUGUCACUCUGUUUGGCUUCUGGGUGGUGUGCGCUGACAUGGCUGCCCAGUACUCUGUCCCUGACCCUGCUACCCCUGGCAAGAUGUUCAUGAACUACCAGGGACUGGCCAGCUACCUGUCCAGUGGAGGUGACAACUACUGGGUGAUCGACACCGACUAUGACAACUACGCCAUCACCUACGCCUGCCGCACCCUGAAAGAUGACGGCAGCUGUGAAGAUGGCUACGCCCUUGUUUUCUCCAGGAACCCCCGUGGCCUGCCUCCCGCCAUCCAGCGCGUCGUGCGUCAGAAGCAGGAGGAUAUCUGCAUGGUCGGACAGUUCCAGCCUGUCCUGCAGUCUGGAGCCUGCUAAAGAGAAGAGAAAGAAAACAGUGAGAGUGUGCCAGCUAGCUGCAGUCUAGUUGGCUUGACAGCAAGAACAGGGAAAAUCAGAGAGUACAUGUGAGAGAAGGUGUAUAUGGUGUUUAUGUGAGAGUGAUAAAGUAGAGUGAACGGACAGAUGCAAAAAAAAAAAAAAAAAAAAAAGAAUGAGAGGAGGGAAAAAAAAGAAGUGAGGCAAAGAUAGUGAAAAACCUCCACAUUCCACAUUACAAGAACUGCAUCUGUUUUCAUCCAUUUCCUCCUUUAUCUCUCAUGUUCAUCUACUGUUUGUCCAAGAGAAAUAUCACUGCUGCUGUGGUGU